UAUUAUAACAGAACCAUAAGCUAUAAAUUAAAAUUUACAUACUACAGUAAUAUCCUUAAUGUUUUUAAAAUUGUCAUCUAUAGGCUACAAUGUAUCUUAACUACUUGAAUAAUACUACGCUAAAAUCACAGGAGCGUGACCAGCAAYGUUGUCGUGACGUAAGAAAACUUUYAGGCUAUGAAACGUGUUUGCUCUUAAUACUGAUGACAAGCUGAUUAACGAAAUAUUUACGCUAAAAUCUUCAURUUAGUCCUUAGAACGCUUUAUAUAUCAAGAAUAUCUGAUGGAUCGCCUACAAGCUGUACAAAAUGCCUGUGCCAGUCUUAUCAUGCUUUCUAAAAAACGUGACCACAUUACACCUCUACWUAUCGAUCUGCACUGGCUUCCUUUUCUAUGGAAUUCACUUCCAUCUUCAGUCAGGGAAGAGUUCAUUUCCCUUGAAGAGCAACAAAGAUGGUGACUGAAAUACUUAUUUUGUUGGCCACACUACUGCUCCUGAUCUACAUCUUCAGCUGGGUUYGUUCAUCACGUGGUCUUCCUCCAGGUCCACCACGAUAUCCAUUGAUAGGUAGUCUACCAAGUUUGAGAAAUGGAUCURUUCCAAUCCACAAAACAAUCACUGAGAUGGUAAAGAAAUAYGGAGAUGUUCUUACUGUAUACUUCCCUACUGGAAAAGGCUGUCAGCCAUUUGUUGUCAUCAACUCGCUUGAAACUGCUCAUGAUGCUAUGAUAAUCCAGAAAGAUGCUUUUUCAGGCAGGCCUUCAAUAUUUACUUUUGAUUAUCUAGCUCGAGGAGGAGAGGGUCUUGUAUUCUCCGAUUUCACCCACAAGACMGCCUUCAUAAGAAAAGUUGUCCUCAAAGCAUUGCGGCUCUAUCAACCCAGUCUGGAAGGUAAAAUACUAGAAGAGGCUGGCGAGAUUGUGAAACAAUUCAGCUCCUAUUCCAAUGAACCAUUUGAUCCUCGAAGAGAUUUUAGUUUGGCAAUUGUUAAUGUCGUCUUCUCCAUAAUAUAUGGCAAGCGAUUUGAAUUGGAUGACGAAGAAUUUUUGCAAUUUAACAGUACUUCCAAGCGAAUCGGCCAGCUACUACAUCCCUUGAAUAUCUUAAAUUUCUUUCCAUUUCUCAUCAACUUUCCCAUCCCAUCUUCAAGGCUGUUACACAAUGUUAUAGAAUACCGCAUGAAAACUCGAGAGCCUCGGUAUUUCCAGGAAAAAAAUACUUUCCAGGAAGGUCAAUUUCGCCACCUCGUUGAUGCACUUCUUCAAGCCAAAAUGGAAGAAGAAAGAGAGCUCAACAUAUCAAGCAACAAUAAACUGACCGACCUUGAUCUUCAAGCAACAGUCGACGCUCUUUUUGGAGCAGGUAGCGAGACAACGGCAACGACUUUGAGAUGGCUGAUAGCUUAUGCUUUGAACUUUCCUCAAAUUCAAGAAAAUCUCCAUGCUGAAGUUAAAGAAGUGUUUGGAAACGAAGGAUCAAUAACGUUGAAGAAAAGAAAUGACUGCCAUUACUUGGAGGCCACUCUUACUGAGAUUCUCCGUCAUGCAUGCAUUGCACCAACGUUUAUACACAAAACCACGUGUGACACCACCCUCUCAGGAUACAGCAUCCCUAAGGACACCGCUGUCCUUCUCAACAUCUGGGCCAUCAACCACGACGAGCGACAUUGGGAAAAUCCCCAGCAGUUCAACCCAGAAAGAUUUCUGGAUUCAGAAGGUCACUUUACUGGUACGACUAGAAAGAUGAGCUACAUGCCAUUUGGAGCAGGACGACGAGUCUGCAUUGGUGAAUCGUUGGCCAAAACCGAGUUGUUCCUGAUAUCAGCCACGCUACUACAGAAGUUCAAGUUUGAAACUCCUGUUGGAUGCACUCCCCCUGACCUCAGCAAAGAAGUCCUCGGAAUUGCCAGAGCGCCCCUACCAUUCAAGGUCACCGCCAUCAAGCGAUAAAUCAUGAACGUUAAAAACUGAGGCAUUUGUAGUGUGCUUUGUCAACCUAGAUAAAAUGUUUGCUUAACAAAAAACCUUCACAAAUAUAGGCAUUCUAUUGUUUUGACGCUAAUGAUUAUGGUCACCAGUUUCUUUUUGGGAGGAGGGGGACCAAASAAUUCGUGAGGCGGCCAUUUAUCAAAAGACGUUUUUCACUGAAUUAAUGUAGUACUUAUGUAAGGACACACUCAAAUUGCAAGGAUCGUUGUGAUUUGCUACUCGUUUAUUGGUUCUCAUCAAGUACAGUAAUAGCACACUAUGGUUAAUUUGUUCGGCACAAGC